UCUCUGGUCUCUUAUAAGGACACGAAUCCUGUUGGAUCAGGGCCCACCCUUAUGACCUCACUUAACCUUCAUCAUCUCCUUAUAGGCCCUGUCCCCAACUACAGUCACAUUGGGGAUUAGAGCUUCAGCGUCUAAUAUUGGCGGGGGGGACACCAUUCAGUCCAUAGCCCCCCCUUCCUCAGGGCUCCAACCACAUCAUGCACAGAACUCAGCUGUAGCCCGCAUCACACAGUGCUCUUCAGUCCAGCCACGCGUCCUUCAGCGGCUGGGAUACGUUCUCGACAAUGCAUCAUCAGGCUUGAGUGACAACUUGAGGACAAGGCGGCGCCUCGACAAGAUUUCACACAGCAGCUACAGGGGCCAGAGAAGCAGCACCGCAUGGUGUGGCAGGAGAAGGAGGACCUGCACAAGCAAUUGGUUGAAGCUUCAGAGACAUUGAAAUCCCAAGCCAAAGAACUGAAAGAUGCCCAUCAGCAGCAAAAGCUGGCCCUGCAGGAGUUCUUGGAGCUCAAUGAGCUCAUGGCAGAGCUCUACUCCCAGAAGCAGAAGGUGUGGGACAAGGAGGAGGAGAUGGAAGUAGCCAUGCAGAAAGCUGACAUGAUGUGGCAGGAGAUCUGAAGAUCCAAGAAGCUCAGAAAGAGGAUGCUGUUUAGCCAGAUGCGGUGGCUCACGCCUGUAAUCCCAGCACUUUGGGAGGUCGAGGCAGGCGGAUGGCCUGAGGUCAGGAGUUUGAGACCAGCCUGGCCAACAUGGUGAAACCCCGUCUCUAUUAAAAAUGCAAAAAUUAACCAGGCAUGGUAUUGGGUGCCUGUAAUCCUAGCUACUUGGGAGGCUGAAGCAGGAGAAUUGCUUGAACCUGGGAGGCGGAGGUUGCAGUGAGCCAAGAUCAUGCCACUGCACUCCAGCCUGGGCAACAAGAGCAAAACUCUGUCUCAAAAAAAAAAAGGGGGGAGGAAGCUAUUUAGAUAUUUCAGCGAUGAUAUUGAUUGGACUUUUGUAUGACCUUAAUAAAACAUCUUUGAAAACUUGG